AGAUUUCCGAUUCAAAGAAUCAUUGUUUAAUUAAAUUGAAUAAAGCAUUUGGCCGUACUUUAACUCCAGAACAAGUUUAUUCACUUUGUAUCAAACCAUUUCUCGGUGCAGAUCCUACCUACAGUGUUAAACUUGCACAAAGUUAUAUCAUACAACUUGGUCGUAUUUUAAAUUGGUAUGUAGAAUAUGGUGCAAAAGAGUUGACAUUCUGUCGUUCCUCACUUUUACUAAUUCAUGAAUCAUUGUUCAGCGAUGACAGUCGAACUGAUGAUGAUCGUACUCCCAAAUCAUCAUUGAGUGAUGGGAACAAGCCCGAUGUAACUAUAUCUUCCCAUGAAAUCACUAGUAAUCAUGUUGAUAAGGGCAAUACUACAGCCCAUACGGCAGUUUACUUGAUCGAUUUUGUACGUUGGAAAGCAAAAACAUCUACUCUGGUCAAUGAUGACGAUGAUGAUGAGAAUGGUUGUGGCAAAGAUUGUUGGAGUUGUGAAUUAACUGAUGGUUUUCGACAUGGAUUAGAAACUUUAAUCAAAUUGAUGAAACGUGUGAUUGAUGGAGACAAUACAAGCGAAACAGAACAUUAAUUAAUCAAAUUGACUAGUUCUAUUUUUAUGAUUACUAUAAUUUUACAGAUUGUUAUUUGUUCAACUCCAUCCUCUAUUCAUCGAUAUGCGCACACUUCACAGUUUUAUAUUCUCGAUUAUGACAUGACAUUGUGACUUAUUCACAUUAACUGUCUUCCAUGGAUUCUCUGAAUCGUAUUACGUUUGUUGAUGAUAUUUAAUUGC